AUGAGUGUCCGUCUCCUUCUUGCUCUGGUCUUUGCCAUCAAUCUCCAUGUUAGCAGUAUGGCGCUUUCCUCGGUCAAUGACCUUGAUCGUAUGAAAGCGGGGAAUGCGACGCAAAGUACUAGCACAGAUUAUGGUAAUGAAGAACGUGGUAUGGCGGGGGUCGAAGCGGUAACUGAGGCUGGCAAAACUCGAAUUCUGGGGUUCAAAGCCCCAAAGUGGUGGGAAAAAUUCCUCAAACAGAUCAUGCCGACGCUCCGUGACCGCGUAUCUCGAUUUUUUACUUUCAUCAGAAAAUUAGUUUUUGGUGAAAGUAAGAAUGCAAAAGCUGUCAAGAAAAACUCAAGUGUGAAGACCGUUGAAAUCAAAUCUGAUCCACCUCCAGUUGUUGCGCCAGUCCUGCCAAAAAAACCUCCUGCUUCUGCUCCUGCUUCUAUUCCUGCUUCACCUCCAGUUAUUGCGCCAGUCCCGCCAAAAAAACCUCCUGCUCCUGCUUCUGUUCCUGCUUCACCUCCAGUUGUUGCUCCAGUCCCGCCAAAACAACCUCCUGCUCCUGUUUCUGCUCCUAUUUCUUUGGAAUCAUCGGCAUCAAAUCCCCCGCCAGUGUCGUUAAGCAAUCGUGAUCGCUAUAAAAAUCUUAUUACAAGGCUGCGUGAUGGAAUAUUGUCAAGCACUCCGGUAUCAAAGGAGGGAGAUGUUGCUAAAAGUAAUUUACAAGGAGUUGUGAACGUGUUGCCUUCAUUGACAAAGUCAGCGAAGAAGCCACUCGAAUCUGUGCCAAAGCCAGCGGAGAAGCCACUUGUUCAUGUGCCAAAGUCAGGCCCUGAUGAGACUGUUUCAGCGAAUGGUGACAGUUGGUCUACACUCCUUAAAUGGGACAAUAAGCAGCCGGAAAAGGCAACCACUUUGGUGACGAAGGAGGGAGAUGCUGCUGAAAGUUUUUCACAAAGAAUGACGAACUUCUUUCAUUCGUGGCUAUUUGAAUCUGUGCCAAAGUUAGGCCGUGAUGAGACUGUUUCAACGAAGUCUUCGCUCUUCAAUUGGGACAAAAAGCAGCCGGAAAAGGCAACCACUUUGGUGACGAAGGAGGGAGAUGCUGUCGAAUCUAUCGAAAAUCCUGCAAGCUUUGUUCCAAGAAUUUCAAAUCAAAUGAAGUCAGCGGAGAAACCGCUUCCAUCGACGGACAAUAUCAUUGAUUCGAAAACGCUGAGGUCAGAAUCACAACGCAUACCUGGUGCCAACCCUCCCGAGAUGAAGCCAAACGAUAUUGAACAUAAUUAG